CAUUUUAUAGUUUGCUCGUGAGGCUGUGUGUUUUCUUUAUCAAAUUUCUGUAUUCAUAUUUCCAGAGUUUGCGUUUAUUUAUACACGUAAAAGUUUUAGGUGAGUCCAAACAUGGAAAGAAUGAAAUUGUUGACAGUUUCAGAACCAGUUUGAGGUGCUUGAUAAUAAUGGAUUGUUCAUUCAAUCAAAGUGUGGCCAAUUAUAAUAUCAGUUUAUGCGAAAAUUCCGAAAAUGGAACAAUUGAUCAAGAUUUCAUUAUUCCAUAUAAUGAACGACCUGAAACCUAUGUGGUUCCUGUGUUAUUCUUCUUGAUAUUCGUAAUAGGAGUCAUAGGAAAUGGAACUUUGGUGAUUAUAUUUAUAAAACAUGAACAUAUGCGAAAUGUACCAAAUACGUUUAUAUUUUCUCUAGCAAUAGCAGAUCUAUUGGUAAUACUGACCAGCGUUCCGUUCACUUCCAUCAUUUAUACCAUGGAAGAUUGGCCUUGGGGUGAACUAAUAUGCAAAAUGUCAGAGACAGCCAAAGACUUAUCAGUAGCUGUAUCUGUGUUCACAUUAACAGCCCUUUCUGCUGACAGAUUUUUUGCUAUUGUAGAUCCGUUAAAAAAGUUCCAUACUGGAGGAGGAACUAAAACUGCCACAAAAAUAACUAUCAGUAUUGCUGUAUCGAUUUGGGCAAUAGCAUUUUUGAUUGCUAUACCAGCCGCCGUGGGCUCUCACAUAAAACCCAUUCCCGAUGAAAACAACACACAAUUUUUGAUUUGUUAUCCUUUUCCUACUCAUUGGAUGAACUAUACUUAUCCUCAAGUGAUGGUUUUGUUCAAAUUUUUCAUUCUGUAUUUAAUACCUUUAUUUGUAAUUGCAAUAUUUUAUCUCGGAAUGGCCAUAUCAUUGAUAACAAGCACACACAAUAUGCCAGGAGAGAUUCAAGGACUUAAGAAACAGAUUAAGGCUAGAAAGAAAGUUGCUGUGACAGUAUUAAUAUUUGUAGCAGUAUUCGCCGUUUGUUUUGCUCCUCUCCAUAUCUUCAUGUUAUUUUUUUAUUUCUAUCCAGAUUUCCAGGAUUGGUAUAAUGCGUUUUGGCAUUACCUGAGAAUAACUGGAUUUUGUCUAAACUACAUCAACUAUUGUGCUAAUCCCAUUGCCUUAUAUUUUCUCAGUGGAGCAUUUAGGAAAUACUUUGACCAAUAUCUAUUCUGCAAAAAGCCACGAAGGUUGAGGCAAAAUACUUAUCCCCAUCAACACACAUCAAUAUCCCUUUUUUCAGUUAAACGAAACCAAAACGACAAGCAAACGUCAAUAAAUUGUUCUACUCAUGACACACAGGAAACUCAAGAGACUACAUCGGCACUAUUGGGAAACAAUGAAGUCGAGUGCAGCCAUUCGAGCAAAAAAAUAAGAUAACACAGCAAAGAUGUUUUGCUACGGUUACAUCGACAUACUUUAAGUACGGGGUUGUUUCUAGACAAUGAUUUUGCAUCAUUUUAUUCUAGAAUUUCAACCGACAAUUGUGAUAGAAUUGUAGAUUUGGUGAGAUCGUCGUUGUUCGAAUGUUUUUUGAAUUAAUUAGUCAAAAUAUAUAUCGUCCUACUAUAUUGAGCGUUUCACCAGUUCAUAUAAUAUCGUAUGUGAAUUUAUAAAAACUAAGAAUCUUAUCCAAGUAUACUGUGAAGCCACCCAUUGUGGUUUCAUUUCUUAGAAUAUUUAUCAAAAUAUAGAGCAAUUGAGUAAACCAUUUUUAUCAGGAACCAUAAUACGCUAAAGAAAAAAAUAAAAUUUUUCGCCUCAAAACUUCAGGAAUGAUUUGAAUGAUAGAUACUGAUAAUGACAAAGUUGUAAAACUAUUUUGUGGACAUAAUAGUACUGAAAUGUAAAGAUAGACCAUAUGAGAACUAUUACAUAGUUAUAUGUGAUAUGCACAAUUGAGUAUAAUUAAAAUUCAUUGUUAAGGAUACCGCUUAUAUCGCCAGAUUAGGAUCAACAAAACCACCUCUGGGCAAGAACCCAUUUAUAGCUAUAGCCAAAAGUGUAGCUAUUUCAUCUCUCACAACACAGUCUCUUCGUAUACGGAUGAAAACAUCUGGCAAGAGAAAAUCUAAGACACAAUCAGGUAGGUCUUCUGCUUGUCUUUUAGCCGGACCGGGACCUAAACUGUAGACGACGUCAAUGGUGAGUACCCAGAACUCACACAUGCGAGGUUCAAGCACAUGGACAAGCCUCACAGUUUGCCUAGUAACGUAAAGUAUUUAUUCAAUUUGCUCUACGCAAACUGUCUUCAAUUAACAACUUUCGUUUGGAUUGGAAUCUUGAUUUCUUCAAUAUCCUUUAGAUGAUGUAAUUAGAACCACAUUUUAGUUUUAUACAUAAUUUUAUUCAUACAAUACAAUUGUAUAUUCAUACUACAACUUAAUUAUAAAAAAAAGUUUUGAAAACAUUACUGAGCUAAAAUAAAUUAUCAAGCAUAAAUAAAGCCCCUAAAUUAAAAAAAAAUAGAAGUGUAGUGUAGAGAACAAUCAGGGUACAAUGAGGCCAAAAACAUACCCUCGAAAUGUGAAACUUUUUCCAUUGUAUUGAGCUCUUUCAGGUUCAUAAGUUUUCAUUGUCAAAUGUAAUGUCCAGUGGUAGAUAUCCACUCCGCCCGAAAAUAGAUUAAUAUCAGAAACAACUACCUAUACUUUAUAGCCGUUGAAAUCAAAAUAAACGUUAUUACUAAAUAAAUUUUAAUAAAUAUAAGGACUGGCAGCAUGAAAAUAGAAUAAAAUCGUCUUCAGAAAAUGUAUUUUCCGUGUAUUUUAAGGAUUUAUGAAUAAAUCUGAACCAAAUUCUC